UGCCUAAUGAAAUAUAUUCCUUGGGGUCGACUCACGCUGCGUUGAGGACAGGCGUCACAAACAUCUCUCGUGGCGUAUUUGCCUUGCAUAAAAACUCUCCCAUUACUGUAAUUAAACGGGGUCUAGAGCCGACAAUUCCCUGUACAAUAACUGGGCAGUGAUUCGUCGUGAUGUGGCUGACGAGCAUAGCAGUGAUCGUGGCAGUGACACUGGUGCUGGCGUAUUCCCCGGAGGUCCACGCUGCCACACUGGAUCUGAACCAGCUGGGGGAGGAACCCAACGAAUUUGGAGGAGACAGGCAUCGGAGAGCACUGGCGCCUGAUACUUUCGCAUCACCUGGGAAUAUAGCAUACAGCGUGGUCGGCUUCAUCAUGGCCGGGUCGCUCCUCUUCGUCAACCUGUUCGACCCCUUCCGCCUCCCCGUCACCAAUUUCUUCGACGCCGCCUUCGGGCCGAGGACGGAGCGACGACGCAGGCGGGAGGCGGGGGCGGCGGCGGUGCACAAGGGCCUCGAGGUCUACGUGGCCGAGACCUUCGAUGCCCUGGUGGCUUCCAUGGACAAGCUGGAAGCCCUGGCCGGCAGCGUGGAGGAGUAGCAGCAGCAGCGCGAGGAAGCUUAGUUUUUUUAUUAUAUUAUUGUUAUAUAUUUUUCUUGUUAGUCUUUUUUUUUUUUUUUUUUUGUCCGUUUCCCCCCGAAGCUUUGGGUGGCGGAUCGGCUGCUGCAAUAAAUGUUUUUUUUCCUCGAAGAUCUGCGUUCGUGUUCUUGUUUCCUUUGUUUGUCCUGUCCAGCGUUUAAUGAGGAAAGUAUAGUCUGAUAUGGAAAUUAUAAUCGUUCGAUGUGACAUGAAAAAUGUUUACAGUCGAUACGACUUUCUUAGUGAUAAUCAUUAUAAUCAUAAUAAUAUAAAGCACAGGAUAUCA